AUGCUCUCCAAUAUCUCAACCCGGGUAGAAACGCUUCGCCUAAUUGUCGCCUGGAGUGUGCUCUCGAGAUGCACCGGAGAACGCGCUGAGAGCUUGCUUCCGGGAGAGCUUGCGCCUCUCGCGUCAGCCGUUCCUGGAAAGGACGGUAAGAAUGCCGCGCAAUCAGCCAUGUACAGCAAAUGGAAGACCAUGACUGGUGCUCUCCUGCAUGGUCGAAUUGGUCAGGAUACGCAAGAGCGAUUCCAAAGAUUCGCCAGUGCGGCUGCAGACCUGGAUGCCGUCGUGGCGCCCUUCGUGCAGAGUGGCUUGGAAGCUCAGCGCCGCAAGAAUCUGGACAUGAUUCUUGCGCGAUCGGCAAACUUCGCGUUCCUACUCUUUGAACAGCCCGGAGUCUUCCGUUUCGGGUUUUCUAGCGAACAUGGGGGGUUGGCAGUGUUCCCAGCAUUGAUACAGAUUAUCGGAGACCAGGGGCAGGUGCUGGUGCCGUCACGCGUGUUGCUGGAAAAGGAGAUUGCGGCAUGA